GAGAGUCAGGAGACAGGGAUUCCAGUUCUGAUUCGGCGGUGGGUUUGCUGUUGUGCCGACCUCUCCGGGUUUCAGUUUCCUCUGCGCUGCCGGACGACCUCCAUCUCUUAGGUCCUUCUCUUAGCUCUAACAUUCCAAGGUUUCGAAUGUGGAGCCAUUUAAGAGCAAUUGAAAACAGCUGAAGAAGUAUAUAAGAUAAACUUUAUAUUUCCAAAUGGAGACAAGUAUGAUGGUGAUUGUACAAGAACACCUUUUGGAAUUGUCGAGAGAAAUGGAAUAGGUGUUCAUACCACUCCUGAUGGGAUUAUCUACACAGGAAACUGGAAAGAUGACAAGAUGAACGGUUUUGGAAGACUUGAACAUUUUUCAGGAGCAGUCUAUGAAGGAUACUUUAAGGACAAUAUGUUUCAUGGACUGGGGACUUAUAUAUUCCCAUCUGGGGCAAAGUACACUGGAAAUUUCAAUGAAAAUAGGGUGGAAGGUGAAGGACAAUAUACUGAUAUCCAAGGACUAGAAUGGUGUGGUACCUUUCAUUUCACAGCUGCUCCAGGCCUGAGACUAAAGCUUCACAUGUAGAUUUUCUGCAUUAAAGUUUAAUGUAGUAAUUGAAGAUUUAGUUGUAAGGAAACCAAAUCUGUCAUAUGAAAUAACUUCAUACACUACCUCUAUAUUAUAAUAUUGCCAUUAAAAUCGUCAUUCACUUAUGCCUUUUUUAUUAACUUUACUUUCAUUAUCUUAUAAUUAGUUCAAAUUAUGUGAUUCAGUUCAGAGUGUUCUCAUUUUAAUAAACACAGCAAAACCAAAUCUUGGCAAAGUCAAUGUCCAAUCCUGUGCCUGAAUUUUGUCAUCUUUAAAAAGUAUGUCUGAAUUAAAGGAAAUUAUCUAGAAAAUGAAAAGACAAUUCACAGAAUGGUAGAAAAUAUUUGGAAAUCACAUAUCUGGUAAAGGUUUGGUUUCCAGAAUAUUAAAGAACUCACUCAUAUAAAUAGCCUAUAUAAUAAAAACAUAGUAUGCAAAUUGU